UAUAAUUGGAAAACCAACGGAGAAGUAAAUAAAACCCCAAAACUAAGUUUCUCCCAUUUCUUCUUUUAGUUCCUCAGUCUGCGCUCUCGACCUAGUUUCCAAGCAAGAGCUGCUUCGAUUCGCAUCCGUAAAGGUUACUAUGUCCCGGGAACACAAAAGGAUCAUGCUUCUUCUUCAGAGAGCAGAAGACAAGCUAAAGCGGGCGGUUCACAACAUUGCAAAGUCUGAGAAAUAUUUCCUGGACAGUGCUGCUGAAUACGGUAACAGGGCAAGCAACCUUGAGUUGUGUCUAGAUGAAUCAGGUGUUUCUUGUUAUUUGCAAAUGAAGGAGGAGUGCCAAGAAGCUGCUAAAAAGUAUGCAGCUAUGCGUCAUUUUGCUCUUCAAGAGUUGGCUAAGAUCGAUGAUCUCAGAACGAUAGCGUGGGAAGCAUAUGAGGAAAAAGCCUUCACCACCUCGCAAACCUUUAUGUUGUUUCUUUUAGGACUAACUUGCAUCUUCUCUGUCUUAGCUUUCUUUCUCCAAAAACUGAGAUAAACUAUGUGUUGAUGAAGUUUUCUAGAAGUUAUGCCUCAAGGCAGAGUUGUUAGCUGAGACCAAAACUCCUCUGUCAUUCGAUCAUGUUGUUUGUUGUCUGUCGCCAGGUUCUUAGACAUUUUGUGUUCUGUUUGUUGUCUUAGUUUCCUCCCUAGGUUUCAUAACUAUUAUUGUACGUUACUGGUAAUGUAUGCAUCUUUUUAAUACGUAUUUGUCUUUUAAGUACACUUUUCCUUCUCCUCUCAAUAAAAGACUAAACUGAAGCGUGGGGUACAAGUCAAAUAUCAAAGUUACAAUGAUCUUGUUUUCCUAUAGAAAAGUGGAAUUGAGUGGUUUCUUUGAAGAAAAGAAUCAGGGCUAGAAGAAACUAAGCUUGAUGAUUAAGUAUUCUCUUUAAUAUCUAUUACAAGAACAAACUCAAAGAAUUAAAAGACAAGACUCUCUCGCUGAACCUAGAGCAAUUCAACUUAUCACAUCACAUAAAUGGUGAAUCCUAACAAGAAAAGUUUUGCUUGGUUGAUAGAGAACUUCUCCUCUUUGCAAUCUGACAAGCUUUAUUCUGCACCAGUCCUGAUCAGUGGAUUCUAUUGGGAUCUUUUCACCUAUCCCAAGGGAUACAAAGGUGGUGAUUCGUUGGUUGUGUCUCUCGCUGUUACUGAUGGUCAAUCAUUGCCUUCUGAAUGGGCAAGAUACGUCAAGUUUCGCUUAACUAUAGUAAAUCAUCUUUCUCAUGAACUCUCCAUACACAGAGAGACAAAUAUUUGGUUUGAUGAGAAAGCUCCAGGAUGGGGUUUAUCAGGAAUGCUCCCCUUUGCCAAACUCCAUGACAAAGAUGGUGGCUUCCUAGUUAACGACGAACUAAAGAUUGUUGCUGAAAUAGAGGCUCUUGAAGUGAUUGGCACGUUAGAUGAGUCUAAAGAUUUGCUUGACAAGACUUGCAUAGAUGUCAAUGGGUUUCAAGUUCUUCCUUCACAAGUGGAAGCUGUGAGAGGGAUGUUUGAAAGACAUCCAGACAUUGCAGUGGAGUUUCGUGCAAAGAACCAACAUCUGAGGACAGCAUGCAUGAAUUUCUUGCUCAGUCUUAGCGAGAUGCUAAUCAAAUCACUUGAGGAGUUCUCUAAUGAAGAUCUGAUGGAAGCAGACAUUGCGUUGACAUAUUUGAAAGAUGUGGGGUUUAAGGUGGAUUGGCUUGAGAAGAGGCUGGACCAAGUCAAAAGAACAUAAGAAGAAGGGGGUUCUCAGUACAAGAAUCUCCUCCAUAAAUUGUAUUUGUAAUAUGAAAGCUGAGUGACAAGAUAAACACAAGUAUCUGUAUCCAAAUAAAUGAAAAAAAAUUGGUUAUUCCCGCAUAUGUAAGAUUUUAACUACACGCUAUUUGUAUAGGUAUAGCUACUAGACGGAUUACAUAACUAGUUGUUUCGUCUGCACAUACCAGUUUAACUAUUUUAUGAAUAUUUAUUGAUAUAUAAAUUAUAAAUUUAAUGA